AUGGCUGCUGAACAACCAAGAUUAUACGUUAAAGGUAAACAUCUUUCUUACCAAAGAAGUAAGAGUGUUAACAACCCAAACGUUUCUUUGAUCAAGAUCGAAGGUGUUGAUGCUCCAGAAGAUGCCAAGUUCUACUUAGGUAAAAGAAUUGCUUACGUUUACAAGGCCCAAAAGGAAAUCAGAGGCUCAAAGAUCAGAGUCAUCUGGGGUAAGGUCACCAGAACCCACGGUAACUCCGGUAUUGUCCGUGCUAACUUCAAGAAAAACUUGCCACCAAAGACCUUCGGUGCUUCCGUCAGAGUUUUCCUUUACCCAUCAAGUAUCUAA